AUGAAAGGAGGGAAACCGACCAUUGUGACUAAUGCUGAGGGGCAGAGGACCACGCCGUGUGUAGUUGCUUAUACCAAGAGUGGCGACAGGUUGGUGGGCCAAAUUGCAAAGAGGCAGGCCGUGGUGAACCCCGAGAACACUUUUUUCUCAAUCAAGAGGUUUAUUGGUCGGAAAAUGUCAGAGGUGGACGAGGAGUCAAAGCAGGUCUCGUACACUGUGGUCAGGGAUGAGAAUGAAACGUUAAGCUUGAGUGCCCUACCAUUAGGAAACAAUUUGCAGCUGAGGAAAUAUCUGCUCAGGUGCAUAUGUUUUAAAUUGCAACUUGCUUCAUCGAUUCAACUUUAA